AUGCAAUUGGCAAAUUGGACACGAGUGCAUGACUUCAUCCUGAUAGGUUUUCCUGGAGGUCUGAGACUACAGCUCUCACUAUUCACAGUGUUUCUGGUUGCCUACACACUGACUAUAAUGGAGAAUAUGGUGAUCAUUGUACUAAUCCAGGUGAACAUCAAACUUCAUAAGCCUAUGUACCUCUUCCUGAGUAAUCUUUCUUUCCUGGAGAUCUGGUAUGUCUCUGUCACUGUCCCCAAGAUGCUUGCUGGCUUUGUGACAGAAAAGAGGACUAUUUCCUUCACCGGUUGCAUGACUCAGCUGUACUUCUUCCUGGCUUUGGCAUGCACUGAGUGUGUCCUUCUAACUGUUAUGGCCUAUGACCGCUAUGUUGCCAUCUGCAACCCAUUGCGCUACCCAGCCAUUAUGAGUCAAAACGUCUGCAUCCGCCUAGCAGCUGGAUCCUGGUUGAGUGGUUUUUUCAUUGCCAUGGGGAAGAUAUUCUUUAUCUCACGCCUGAGAUACUGUGGACCCAACAUCAUCAACCAUUUUUUCUGUGAUGUUUCCCCUCUUCUCAACUUGGCUUGCACUGAUAUGUCACUGGCUGAGCUCAUUGAUUUCCUACUUGCCAUACUCAUUCUCAUUGGCCCACUCUUUGUGACUGUCACCUCUUACAUCUGCAUAAUCUCUACAGUUCUCCGCAUACCUUCAGCCAAAGGGAAGCACAAGGCCUUUUCUACCUGUGCUUCACACCUUCUGGUAGUCACCAUUUUCUAUUCUGCCACCAUUUUUAUCUAUGUCCGGCCAAGGGCUCUCACCUCCUUUAACUCCAAUAAACUUGUGUCUGUUGUCUACACAGUCCUAACACCACUUCUCAAUCCAGUCAUCUACUGCCUGAGGAAUCGGGAAUUUAAGCAUGCCCUCAGAAAAACAGUACAGGACCUUCAUCAAGAAGCAUCGACUAAUAUUGUAGAUUUAAAUAUAUAA